AACGCUAUUCUGUAUAUUACUUUAUUAUAUCACGACUGUUGUUUCAACUAUCAAGGAUAAUGUCUUCGACAAACAUUACGUCCCUUAACGUCUCUACGCGGCCCGCCGCACUGUCGGUGUCGAUGGUUGUUUUAGAUAGAACGUCGGUGAUCGUAUGGUUCACGGUCACUUUACUAAUCUGUAUUGCCGGGACCUUGAGUUCCGGCUGCUUGAUCACCGCGUUCUGCGUCCAGAAGCAUAUGCGCCGUGCAUCGACCUUCUUGAUCGGCUAUCUGCUCUGCUUGGAUCUGCUUAACACCGCGAUAUUCAUGCCGAUGUCGUUCGUUGUUUUGCUGAUGUCGCAGCUGGGUCGGCAGUUUCAGGCGGAUGACGUCUGUGAAGUGUCCAUCUUUUUUCUAGUGAUGCUUAAUUGUACUUCCAACUGGGCGGGAGCGUUCGUGGCGGUUAGCCGUUUCGUCGCCAUAUUUAUUCCGCAUAAAUACGAACAGUGGAUGAAGCGGAAGUCCCUCGUGGUAAUGGUGGCCAUCAGCUGUGCUUUUGGGCUACUCGUGUCCGUCCCUCCGCUACGGAACCAGGGCGGAUACUUUGGGCGCUUCUAUCCGUUGGGUAAUUGCGCUAUGGGCACCAAGGAAGGUCCCUUGGCCAGUAUGUUCGUCGCUAUCGGCAGCACUAUACCAACAGUGAUCCAGGGGAUAUUCUACGCCGCUCUGGUGGUGCAGAUGGCAUUCAGUCAGCGUAUACGUAAAUCACCGGUCAUAUCGACCGAUGCCGCCCUGACGCGUACCGACAACGUUCAACAGCGGCGUCGCACGGUGGGGCGCAUGCUAAUUGUGUCGUAUCUGUGGUAUCUGGUGUGUUUCAUCCCAGUGCCAGUUAUCCUCACAUAUUACCCGGCAGUAUUCAGGAUACCCACGGCGUUCAUCUGGCUGAAGACGGUGCAGCUCUGUGGAUUUGCCGGAACACCGGUACGAAAGGCAUAG